CAAAGCGGAAACGCAAUUAGAUCCAAGGUGUUGACUAAAAGUCCAAUACAUAUAAUUAUGUAGGCUAUAUAGAUAGCUACAGUAUUAUUAUUAUUACAGCUACAGUUAUAUAACCUGACAUCUCUGAAGAUCGAACCGUGGACGUAAAAUGGAGUGUUCACAGUUGUGCUGUGAAUGCUGCUGUGAUCCCUGCUUCAAGGGCAGAAGACAGAAGGAUAGGUAUUCACACAUAGAAUACUACCAGCCUUCUAAAACUAUUGAUACUGAUGUGCCUGUAGUUGGUGUUCCCAUGAAGAAGAUGUUCGACUUCCCACAAGAGACAAAACAGUUUCGACAACACUCGUACAUGAGACCGAGAGCAUAUACAUCUGAUAGUGCGAUAAUGCCAGUGACUCAGCAGCCAACAUCACGAGAAUUAGACUGUGAGCCCAUGUAUAUAUCUGACAAAGGUAGAACUAUUGGAACAAUCUCGGAAAUGUCUCAAUCAGAAUCACCACCGUUUACUCCACCGCCGCUAAUUCAUCACUCUGUCAAGGAUACUCAAUCUGAGCCCGCGGUCGAAUUCUCUCUCUACUAUGACAUCCAGAAGAGAGUGCUGUCUGUUCGCCUUGUGAGCGCUUACAACUUGACAAGUGAGAUAUGGGGAUCAACAUAUUUUUUCCUCUCCGUGUUUAUUCUGCCAAGUCGAGAUAAAAUAUACCAAACCAAUGUUUCCUCCAAAGCAACAAAUCCUAUAUUCAAUGAAGAGUUUGAGUUUCAUAGUCUAGUUUCUGAAGAAUUGUACGAGCAUGUGCUGGUUUUCCAAUUGUUUUCUCAUGACAAGUUUAGCAGAGAUCACUUGGUGGGAUCUGUUAUUGUUCCCCUGUCAGAGGCUGACCUGUUUGGAGUGAGCAUGGUGAAGAAAGUGGGGGAAGGGAGAGAGUUGUUGCAGCGUUUUGCUACUGGAGAUCUACUUCUGUCCCUAUGCUACAUCCCUCAGAGUAACAUGAUUCAUGGCAUUGUAUUGAAGGCCUCCAACCUUCCCAGGCCUCACAAAUGGGGACUAGCAGAUCCAUACGUCAAAGUCUAUCUUCUACACAAACAGCAACGAAUGAGCAAGUGGAAGUCAACAAUGAAGAAAAGCACACUGGCACCAGUGUUUAAUGAUGCGUUCGAAUUCAAUAUCCUUGGAAUGAACCCACAGGACAUUAGCAUUGAAUUGUUUGUAAUGGACCACGACAUGUUCCGUCGAAAUGAUGUGAUAGGCAUGGCGUACAUUGGUCCAAACGUGCAUACUGAACUGGGUGUGACUCACUACCAAGAAAUGUUGGCAAGCCCGCAGCAUCCAAUUAGUCAUUGGCACAAGCUUAUCCCACACCCUCAUGUUAAAACACGGAGAAGACACAAAAGCAACACUAUGUAGGCUAGCGUACAAUUACCUACAAUGUACAAUAGUCAGUUAAUGUCAACUCUAUAAUUAUAUUACAGUCAUUACUCAAAAAGUUGUAUGUCAACACUUCAACAACAGGAUUAAUAAAUAUUGGAA